AUGCACAUCGCCCUGUGCGACACGGAAUGCCCCGUCGGGCGGGCCGUUUCAAGGCCAAGCUCGAACGGGCUGAAAUCGCGAGGCAGGAGUGCUGUUAGCCUUGCCAGUCCUCGGUAUGUCUCCCUGCCUCUGUUGUCUUUGCUUGUUGCUGUUCUGGUGCAGCCUCAACUGUCCGUGGGCAAAGAGGACAGCACGGAGUAUCCAAUGUGCACUUCUGCAGAAAAACCUCUGACACUGCGAAUCACCGAGGCCGUCACACCGACUGACUCGAAAAAUGGAUUCGUAACCUUCCGAUGCGCAGAACAAGCUUCGCUUCUUCCGGCCAAACCAGCUGGAACCGUGUACACUCAAUUCUGUAAAGACUCGGACUGCACAAAGGCAGCCUCCUUGACCAAAAACCAGCUGAAACUCGAAGAGGUCACCGUACCGGAACAGGAACCGGAACCCGAACCGGAACCGGAACCCGAACCGGAACCCGAGCCCGAAUCGGAAACGAAAGUGGAAGAGGAAAAAGAACCGCAACCCGCGGUUGUAUCAACAGAUGCUGUGCAACGGGUAGGGAAAAUGUACAAGCUUAGUGCUACAGAACUGCCUGAAAAGCCGUUCACCGCCUACUUCAUUUGCGUGACGCCAUCCGAGCCACCGUUGCACACGUCUAAAAGGUCUGGCUUGGCUGCGAAGUCUAUUGCUGGAGACAAAUGCAAAGUGCAAGUCUCAAUUUAUGGGAAAACGAAGCUCGUACUCAGCAGUAAAGGUAAGGUGGACCUGCAAAAUGGGUCGUCAUCGUCAUACAGGGUGCACACGCGUAAGGAACCGGGACGUCCGCAGAUGAGUUGUUCGAUCCCGGUAUGUACCAGACGUCGGCAAACAGUUCAGGGGUGA